GACAACAUAUUUAACAAAGUAUAGAACAAUGAAAAAUACACUUAGUCUGAGCAUUACUAUAAUAUUUGUAUACAUUUUGCAAGAAACAGAUUCGCAAGCGUGUGACGCCGAGGCUAAGUACAGAACAAUUGAUGGAGCAUGUAACAACCUAUACAACCAAGGAAUUGGGAAAUCUAACACUUUGUUUGAAAGAUGUAUAGAUGGAAAUGGGAACAAAAUAUUUGACUAUGCAGAUGGUUCAGGCUCACCACGAGCAGCAAAGAAUGGUGAUAAAUUACCAAACGCCCGUUUGGUAUCACAAGCAAUAAUGGACCAAGGAUUAGGACCACCAAUGCAGAGUGAUCGAACCAGAUCUGCACAAGUAGUAUCAUAUGGGCAAUCUUUAUCCCACGAAGUCAUGCAAACGGAGAUACCACCAUUUCCAGAAAAUGACUGCUGUGAAAAACCUCAAAUGGAUAAUAUUGAUUUCUGCUUUCCUCUUGAAAUUCCCGGUAAUGAUAAGGUGUUACCACCUGGAUGUCUAAAUUUUGUAAGAGCCACAUCAAGAAUGGACGCAGAUGGAGUAAGACAACAGAUAAACCUUGCAACACCCUUCGUAGAUGCCAGCACUGUAUAUGGGAGUUGA